UGCUCUUUCUCUCUGUCCGAUCCUCUUUGGUUUCGCUGACCUCAAGUGCCAGAGUCCUCCUUAAAGUAUCCUUCAUCGGUGACAUACGCGCCCGAGCAGGAGUUGUUCUACGAUUUAUAUACGUGCUUCUAAAAAGUAUUGUAUGAGUCAAAAAAUAGAAAAACCGAUACUAUCAGGUCAACGCAUAAAGACCAGAAAAAGAGAUGAAAGAGAAAAGUAUGAUCCAACGGGAUUUAGGGAUGCAGUUCUGCUUGGCUUGGAAAAAGCUGGUAACGACUUAGAAGCAAUUUCUAAAUUUUUGGACGCAGCUGGUUCUAAGUUGGACUAUCGUCGUUACGGGGAAGCUCUGUUUGAUAUUCUGAUAGCUGGAGGUCUUUUGGUACCCGGUGGUUCCAUUGCUCAAGAUGGCGAGAAACCAUUUAAGACCAGUGCAUGCGUUUUUGAGCAGCCAGAAGACAUGGAUGCUAUGCGGAAUUUUGAACAGGUCUUUAUCAAACUCAUACGACGCUAUAAAUAUCUGGAAAAAAUGUUUGAAGAAGAGAUGAAAAAAGUGUUGGUAUUCAUGAAAGGAUUUUCACCAAAAGAACGUAUCAAACUAGCUAGAAUGACGGCACUGUGGAUCUCGAACAGCUCUGUACCACCCACAGUUCUUUCAGUUUUGAUCAAUGAGCAUCUUGUUAAAGACAACUUGGCAUUAGACUUUCUACUGGAAGUCUCUGUUACUUGGAAACAGGAAAAGGGUUUAUCUAGUUUAAUGACGGCACUGAAAAGAGGAGGUAUCGAGGGAAGGUUGAUGGAAUUUGUACCACCAAAUAAACGAACAGAGGAUUAUUUUCGGUCUGUAUUCGAGGCAGUAGGCUUGGCAGAUAUCGUGAAAUUACACAAGGCUCAAGCCAGUCAGGAAGCUAAGCGGGAUUUGCAACAACUUCUCUUGGACGAAUUAGCAGAGAAUAGGCCAAUGAAGGACAUUACAUUAGAUCUCAAAGAAAUGGCGCAAAGAAAUGGCAUUCCUGAACACGAAGUGAUUGGAUUGAUUUGGGUUGUUGUAAUGGGUCAAGCUGAAUGGAACAAGAAAGAAGAAUUAGUUGCUGAACAGGCACUGAAACAUCUAAAAACUUAUACUCCACUAUUCGGUGCUUUUACAACCACUGCCAGAUCUGAGCUCGCACUUAUCCUCAAGGUCCAGGAGUUCUGUUAUGAGAACAUGAACUUUAUGAAAGUCUUCCAAAAGAUUGUUUUACUCUUUUAUAAAACCGAUGUUGUAUCAGAAGAGGUAAUAUUGAAGUGGUUCAAGGAAGGUCACUCUGUCAAAGGAAAAAUGCUCUUUUUAGACCAAAUGAAAAAAUUCGUAGAGUGGUUGCAAAAUGCUGAAGAGGAGUCGGAAUCAGGCGAGGAAGAAGAUUAGAAGAAUUCUCGAGAAAACGCAUCAUUGCCACACUGACAAAAAAAUGACACAGUCCCAAAUCUCAACAUGGAUCAAGAACAAUUCGGCAUCAAUCAAUCAUGGGUAUUUGAACUCUUGAAAAUAUACAAAAUAAAUAAAAUUUAAAUCAAUGUUAGAUACGAUGGAUCAGAAAAUAGAAAAUUUUUCAAAUUGUCAAAUAAGAGAGUUAACAUUAACAUCCAAUCAGUGUGAAAGAACUGUAAAUUUGCAAUGUCUUUGAAUUGUAUUACUUUAAGGAAAAAUAUUUUGUGUUACAUUUUUAUAACUCCGCUACAAAAUAUAUACAGAAUAACAAAGAAAUUA